UCAUUUCAUUGAGCUCAAAAUUUAAAUAACUGGUGGAGCUAGCCGAAAAAACGGAUGUCAACAAACAACACGUGCUGUACCGGGAAAUUGCUUGUCUAGACGGACAUUUUACCGGAAAUACGCUUUCAUGUCAUUGGAGAAUUUCCCUUAACCACUUGCAGUUGAAGAGUGGACAACACAGAUUCGGAAUAGAUUUGGUUUUCGAUGGAAAUUUUGAGGAAAAGAACUCACAUUCAUUGUGAAUGCCAGAACAAUGUAGGCAGCGGAGUUAUGCACAAACGCAUGCCCGCGCCUGAACACAUGCAGUUCCACGAUGUUGGCUUGAUGAGCAUGAUGAGCGCUCCAGACGAUAACAUCUUUGGACGUCAACAAAAACGCAAGUGCAAUGGAGUGUCCAGUUAUAUACCGCAAGCGGACCAUGCAAAGGAACGUAUAGGCAUGCUGGACACGUGUCUACCCCCUUCAGGUUUGGCAGCAUCUGUGGGAAACGAGACUGUUGCCAUGGUUACAGACUCCGAUGCCGCGUCUUACCAUUCACACAACAUUCCUGCCCAGUCUAUGCACCACGCUCGUCACAUUAUGACCAGUGCUGGAGAUGCCACAAAUUCUUCUGUAUCACUGCAGGCCCAGAAUCAAGCGAGGAAAGUGUGUCAGAGAUGUCUCUCAGGGGAGCCGGGCCAUAUAACACACAUCGUGAGCUAAACUUCAACUUCUUAUACAUCCCAGCAUUUACUGUGACAUCAGAGAGUCAGCUGGCUGCCUGCACAGUUAAUUUUAAAAAACGGGAGUUUUUCAGCGAUUUUUAUUUUAAUUGUACAGAUUUCUGUUAAGUCUUUUUUAUUUUGAAUGAUUUUCCAUUUUAGAAUGUGUGUGUGUGAAAGCAGAUUACAUAUUAGUUGCACAGUUUGUGACUUAUUAGCGCGUAGAAAUUCUGAAAUUUAGUUUGUAAGCAAUUUUAAAAGAUGCGAGUGUUAGGGAGUUAGCAAUGCACAAUGCACUUGUGAUAAUGUAUACUCAGGUCCAUGGUUUGAUGAAAAAAAUGUAGUUUACAGAACACAUUGUAAAGUGUUGUCAAGUUGCAUGAUGAGUGUUGUAUUUGUAGGAUACUGAGAGGUAGAGGUAGUGUGAAAGUUUGUGAGUGUUUUCAUACUUUGACAAUCAGCAUGAAUUUAAAUAUAAUAUGUGACUUUUGUCUUGGUAGAAAAAAAACAUUGUAAAGUGCAUCAACAAAAUAUUGUUUAUUCAAAAUAUUGUUUAUUCAACUAUUGAUAUUUCAGACUAUAAAUGGACAAUUUCAAUUGCAGUUUAAAGUUAAAAAGAAACGAAGGCAGUAAAUGAUUAAAACAUUUACAGGAACAUGAAA